UAUAAGUAAUUACAACUCUCACUUUUUUCAGCUACUUCCUAAUAAGAUAUAAGUAAUUACAACUCUCACUUUUUUCAGCUACUUCCUAAUAAGAUAUAAGUAAUUACAACUCUCACUUUUUCAGCUACUUGCGUACCAAUUUUCUAGUAGGCUAUCAGAGAAAAACGUGCAUUAACUGAGAAGCAAGCCUAUAUACUGAUUCUUGCGGUUGGUGAGCAUUAGAGGACAGCAUGUCACGGUUAAGUGUGGACCACAGCGGAGACCCGCAUUAUGACACCAACUACCAAAGGUCCCUACGCCACUACAUCACCCGAGAAGCCCUGCCCAGCGAGUCCAACUACAGAAACAUUCAUACCAUCCACCAAGAGAGGCCUACCUUGGAUGACCUCCACGACUCCACGUACAAGCCUAAGAAGGCAGACGAGCAGACUGGAAACGAUGACGUCGAGGCAAAGGUCCAGAAAAGAGGCAAAGUCAUCAAGUUCGGCUGGAAGCAAGGAGUGCUCAUGCGAUGUUUGCUGAAUAUUUGGGGCGUAAUGCUUUUCCUGCGAAUCUCCUGGGUAGUUGGAGAAGCUGGAUUAAUCGAAGCCUUGGUGAUUGUGUGUUUCGGCAACACCGUGACAUUCAUAACCGCCAUCUCCAUGUCCGCCGUGGCGACGAACGGUCUCAUUGCAGGCGGGGGCGUGUACUACAUGAUCUCCCGGUCGCUGGGUCCCGAGUUCGGGGGCUCCAUCGGCCUCAUGUUCACUAUCGCUAAUUCAAUCGCUGUCGCCACCUAUAUCAUCGGUUUUGUCGAGAGUUUACAGGACAUGUUGUUCUUUUACUUCGAUACCGUCAUGAUCGACGGAGGUGUCAACGAUAUUCGGGCCGUCGGGACAGGAGUAUUGUUCGCCCUCAUGAUCCUGGCCAUCGUGGGCAUGGACUGGGUGACCAGGGUCCAAAUGAUGCUGCUGUUCUUGCUGCUAGCCUCACAAUUGGACGUGAUUAUUGGAUGCUUCAUCGGUCCGAUGACUGACGAAGAAAGGGCGCGCGGCUUUGUGGGCUGGAAUGGUGAGGUGUUUUCGGACAACAUGUUACGAGAAUACCGUGACUACGACGGCGAGCCUCAGAACAUCAUCUCGGUGUUCGCUGUGUUCUUCACUGCCGUCACGGGCAUCGUCGCGGGUGCUAACCUCUCCGGGGAUCUCAAGGAUCCUGGUUCGGCCAUCCCGAAAGGCACCCUCCUCGCCAUAGGCAUCACCUUCUGCAGCUACAUCCUGUACCCCUUCCUGCUGGCUGCCAAUGUGGUCCGCGACGCUUCAGGCAACACGACGGCGUUUAAGGAGUUCUACUACACAAAUGAAACGGUCAAUAUUCUGGAUUCGCCGACGUUUACGGAAUGUUCCACUACCGGCUAUGACUACGUAACGGAAGACAACGAAACGGUCUUAGCCUGCGAGUUCGGACUCCAUAACAGUUUUCAGGUAAUGGAGCUCGUGGCAGCGUGGGGCCCCUUGAUCUACAUCGGCUGCUUCGCUGCGACGCUCUCGUCGGCCAUCGCGUCCCUGGUGGGGGCGCCGCGGGUGCUGCAGGCCCUCGCCAAGGACCGCCUCUACCCCGGCAUCUUCAUGUUCAGCAAAGGCUUUGGGGCGAACAACGACCCCGUUAACGGCUACUGCUUGGUCUUUGUCCUCGCCUUCCUCUGCAUCAUGAUCGGGAACUUGAAUGCUGUGUCGACCCUGCUGAGUAACUUCUUCCUGGCGUCCUACAGUCUCAUCAACUUCUCCUGCUUCCACGCGUCCUUCAUCAAAAUUGGCCGCUUUAGACCUAUUUUUCAGUACUAUAACUUGUGGGUGAGCCUUUUUGGUGGCGUGCUGUGCCUGGUGACGAUGUUCCUCAUCGACUGGAUCACGGCUCUCAUCACCUUCCUUGUCACCAUCGGCCUCUACUUGUUUGUCUCCUACAGGAAGCCAGACGUGAACUGGGGCUCGAGUACACAGUCAGCCUCGUACGUGUCAGCCCUGCGAGCGACGCUGACGCUGCAGACGGUCGUCGACCACGUCAAGAACUACCGACCCCAGAUACUCGUGAUGUCAGGCAGGCCCAGCAGCAGGCCUCCUCUGCUCGACUUCGCCAACCUCAUCACCAAGAAUCUCAGCAUGAUGGUGUGCGUUGAGGUGUCCAAGGACAUGGACUGGAAGACAAGGACGGUCUACAUCAACAAGUGCAACGACUGGCUCAUUGAGAAGAAAUACAAAGCUUUCUACAAUCUCGUCAAGGCCGACCGGUUAGACGAAGGAGCCGUUAAUCUCUUUCAGCUCGCCGGUUUGGGCAAACUGAAGCCCAACGUGGUCCUCCUCGGGUUCAAGAGCGACUGGAGCGUGUGUGACAAACAGGAAUUGAAGGCCUACUUCAAUACCCUUCAUGCUGCGUUCAACAUGCAGCUUGGAAUUGCCAUCUUGCGUUUGAGCAACGGCACGGAUUACUCCAACAUCAUCGCUGACGACGAAUCUCCCAAGAUCUCAGAAGGAAUUGUUAACGAGGGCGCCGACAUAGAAACCACACCACGAGCCGAGGCCAAGAAGCGCAAGUUCUCAUUCUCCGCCGCCUACACCGGACCGGGCGGCGCUAAGCUGCCCAAGGAAAUCCUUGACGGCGUCACGAUAUUCAAACGCAAGCAGGGGGAAGGAACCAUUGACGUGUGGUGGCUGUAUGACGAUGGCGGCCUAACACUCUUGCUUCCAUACAUCCUGACGACUCGCUCCAAUUGGAGCAACUGCAAACUGCGCAUCUUUGCCCUCGCCAACCGUCGCGACGAGCUCGACAUGGAGCAGCGCAGCAUGGCAAACCUCCUCUCCAAGUUCAGGAUCGACUACGGCGACGUCAUCGUCAUCCCUGACGCCAUGAGUGGAGUCAGCGACGCGAGUCGCAGAGAAUUUCAAGGACUGAUAGAGAAAUUUAGGACCACCGCCAAAUGUGCUGACGAUGGAGUGUCUAUCACCGAGGAGGAGUUGGCCAAUCAGAAGGACAAGACCAACCGACACAUCAGAUUAAAGGAACUGUUGCUGGAGAACUCCUCGACCGCCAGCCUCAUCAUCAUGACGCUGCCCAUGCCACGCAAAGGCCAGGUGUCAGCGUCGCUGUACAUGGCGUGGCUGGACUACAUGAGUAAAGGCAUGCCGCCCUUCCUGUUCGUCAGGGGCAACCAGCAGUCUGUGCUUACCUUCUACAUGUAGAAUUAAAACUGCCGUCUCUUUCUCGUAACCUCGCUACAAGACAUCCACUUAUCCGGCUGAAUAGAACAUACUAAUGGGGGACGCGCCUAGAAACGCGACAGCAAUUUUUCGUCUUGUCCUUACUCUAAUUGGACACUUUCUCUAAAUUUUCGUACGUGUCUCGCAUUAUUUUAAGUUUAAUAUUGCACAAUUGUUAUCCAAAAUUUUUUUUCUGGAGCCAGUAAACAAUUAUAAAGCUGCAUUAGCGUUAAAAUUAUGACUUGAAAUUAUACGGAAACAAUUUUCAUGUUGUUUAUAAUCAUCGUUUAUUACUGAAAAUAGUUUCAUAAACAGGAAAAAAUAUAGGAGUAUAGACCGCAAAUUCCUCUUGCAAAUUGGAAAAUGGAACUUGGGAAUCCCUUAUUUAUUUUUUUUGGCUGAAUGAAAUUAACAUAGUAACUUGAGUUUGAUUUCGUUUGGUGAAGGUAAUGGCGACAAAAUCGAUCUUUGGCUUUUCAUCCAGGCCACGCCGCUCCCGAACAGUGGACUCUUAACUUGAUGUCAAUGUGGACUCGGCAACAAAUGCAACAUGUGGAUGUUAUCUUAACGUCAUCUUGAUUACUACCAAUAUUUAUAUACUGAUGAAGCUGAUUUGAUAUUAAUGUUAUCAAUCUGAAUAGAUAUUAUUGAUUCUGUACCUACUAAUCUGUGUCUCAUUAUAGGAUACAGAUUUUUAUUUAGAGAAUAGCAGGAUGGCACCUAUUCUAUUGUUGUGCUAUAAUGCCUUUCUUAAUAUGAUUAUUUCGAGCGAUAUCACUAAGGUUCAUGUCUCGAUGCAUGAGCGUCUCUGCGUGUGAAUGGCGGGAUUAAAGUGGACGUCACUAAA